AUGGAACGCAUGGCAGUGCAUACCGUAGACGCUGCUGUGCCCCCUGCGAGCGACGUGGACCUGACGUCGCGCGCAAAGACUCGGUCGUGGGACUAUGUCUGGAGAUCCGGUGUCGCCGGAGGUAUCGCGGGAUGCGCUGCCAAGACAACGGUGGCGCCCCUUGAUCGCGUCAAGAUCCUCUUCCAGACCAGCAACCCGCAGUUCGCAAAGUACACGGGCUCCUCGUUUGGCGUCGCUUCGGCGAUGAAAGACAUAUACCUUUCCGAGGGCGCCCGAGGGCUGUUUAGGGGCCACUCGGCCACCCUCCUGAGAAUCUUCCCUUAUGCCGGCAUCAAGUUCCUCGCAUACGAACAGAUCCGCUCCUUCAUCAUUCCCGACAAAAACCACGAAACGCCAUUCCGACGGCUCAUCAGCGGCAGUCUUGCCGGCGUGACCUCUGUCUUUUUCACAUACCCCCUAGAAGUCGUGCGAGUGCGGCUUGCUUUCGAAACCAGGCGCGAUGGCCGCUCCUCGCUGACAUCAAUAUGUCGUCAAAUCUAUAACGAGCACCCUAUCGAGAAGACGCGGACUGCGAAGCUGCCAAACGCACCGGGCAUUGCGACAGUCGUGGAUUCUGCGACGGCGGCUGUUGAAUCCGUGGCGCCGCGCGUCGGCCUGGUCAACUUUUACCGAGGAUUUGCUCCCACCAUGCUCGGCAUGCUGCCGUAUGCUGGCGUGUCUUUCCUUACCCACGACACCAUGUCCGACCUACUACGCCUACCUUCCAUUGCCCAGUACACGACUUUGCCGAAGAAGAAGAACCACCCCGAAGGAAAGGCCGCGCCGCUGCGGUCCUGGGCCGAGCUGACGGCCGGAGGCGUCGCCGGCAUGAUCUCCCAGACAAGCUCAUACCCCCUGGAGGUCGUCCGACGACGGAUGCAGGUUGGCGGCGCUGUUGGCGAUGGCCGAAGGCUGCGAGUCGGAGAGACGGCGGCUAUGAUCUUCCGGGAGCGAGGACUGCGCGGCUUCUUUGUCGGCCUCACGAUUGGCUACGUCAAGGUGAUACCGCUGGCGGCGGUGAGUUUCUACACAUACGAACGCAUGAAGCUUGUUUUUGGAAUAUAAAGAAGAAGGAAGGAAAACCAAGGCAUGGGCUGUGGUACUGGCGUUUGGGGGGAUUCCUGCGGAGCAUUACGUGUAAAGAUUACUCGACGACCUUGUUUUUUCUUCUUUUCCGUCUUCUUCCAUUUGCGCUCUUCAUUUUAUGUUAUAUCUGGUUCACUGGGCCUGCACGGGUACCUUGAAGGGACGGAGUCGAUUUGAUGCUGCUUAGAAGUCUGCACUUGUGGGAUUGGUUCCGGUCAAUGAAAGAACAC